AUGUCCGCGCUUCUGCAGCUCUACAUUCAGUGCAACCCGCUCCUCGACGUGUCUGCCCCUGUCGAUGACGCGUUCUUAGAGAAGUACAAGGUGCAGAAGUCGUCUGCCUGCCUAAUGGAGGAGAUCCAUAAGGGCAUCUUUGAGGAGCUAGAGCAGCUCCCCAACGUGACCUACGUCCCCGGCGGCUCCGGGCUCAACACCGCCCGCGUGGCGCAGUGGAUCGCGCAGGUCCCCAAGAGCAGCUUCGUCAAAUACGUUGGCUGCGUCUCGGACGACAAGUACGGUAAAAUACUCAAGGACGCCGCGGAAAAGGACGGUGUGAACAUGCACCUUGAGUACACGACAAAGGCACCCACCGGCUCGUGCGCCGUGUGCAUCUCAGGCAAGGAUCGCUCGCUGGUGGCGAACUUGUCCGCAGCGAAUUUUCUCUCCGCGGAUCACAUGCGCAGCAACGAUGUCGUUGAGACGCUGAAGGGCUGCCAGCUCUACUACCUCACCGGCUUCACGCUGACCAUCGACGUGAACUACGUGCUUCAGGUGGCGGAGGCGGCCCGUGCGUCGGGUGGGCAGUUCAUGAUGAACCUCUCCGCCCCCUUCGUGCUGCAAUACUUCACGGAGAACUUCAACAAGACGGUGCCGUAUUUCGACGUCAUCUUUGGUAACGAGAUCGAGGCCAAGGCACUUGCGGACGCCAUGAAGUGGGACCCCGCCAGCACCCACGAGUUGGCUAAAAAGGCAGCGACAGAGCUGCCGUACAGCGGCACUGGCGACCGCCUCGUCGUCUUCACGCAGGGCAGCCAACCGACGGUGUAUGCCACCCGCAGUGGCAAGACCGGGUCAGUCACGGUGCAGCCCAUCGCGCACGACAGCAUUGUGGACCUGAACGGCGCCGGCGACGCUUUCGUUGGCGGCUUCCUCGCGGCGUACGCAAUGAGCUGCAGCAUCGAGCGGUGCUGCGAGGUGGGCAACUACGCCGCCGGUGUCAUCAUCCAGCACAACGGCUGCACCUAUCCCGAGAAGCCGUCUAUCUCUCCGUGA